CCUGUCCUCACCUCAGCUCAUGCUCAUCCAAUAUGAUAAUUCCUGCCAUUACAAAGCCGCAUACAAGAGACUGAUAAAGCGAUAUGGUUGCGGUCUCAUCCACCCCUGUUAUUUCCCAGUCGAUGUCAACAGGGUAAUGCCUGUCUAGUAGAAUAAUAUGCACUCUGAGAUUAGUCUUCCUGUCCCACUACAACUAGCAGGCAACUUCUCAACCUCUUAUUAUUUCAUCGUUACAACCGACCAGCUUUAGUUUUCAGCGCAUAUGAGAUGAUAAACAGAGCACCAGAACAACCGGCGAGUGUCGUUAGGCCUCAGACAAAACUGAACAAAGAUGGCGUCAAAGGCGCCCCUCGAAAUUCUCACUGCGAACCUAUCAGCGGUCUGUUCAGCACCUCCGCAAAAUGUCACGAUUAAACGGCAUCAAGGCUCACAACUAGCUACAGUUUCCAAGCAAAAAGGACCUGAUAAAUGCGCAAGGAGUGUCAGCAUACUUCCGCCCUGCUGUAUCUCCUCCCCUCUACCGAUAUGACACGAAAACUGAAGGGUACUUCCGUGGAAGUCGGAGAAGCAAAGCGUUACAAACCGUAUAACCUGCUUCACUUCACAAAGCUUAUCAAAAUACGGACCAUGCUCCAUCCAAAGCAAAUGGCAUGUAACUAUCCUGGUGACAGACACCAUAGUGUCGAAUUUACGGAAUCAUGUACAAUUGGUAACAGCAAAGACCCGUUUGCCAACAGUCCUUCGUUUCCAAAAUCGACCCCGUACCAUCACCGAUUCACGGAAUGCCCUCUUGGCCCCGACGGCUUCAAAUCACUUUAGGCCAUUCUCCUUGGCGACUUCUCCGGUAAUGGGAAACAUAGUCAAGGUCACUUAUUCCUUUUCAGAAAUAAGAAAGAUGACACGGAGCAAAUUGGCAAAUCAUGACCAUUUCAUUAUCGUUUUUCAACAGAAGAAAAUUCGGAUUUGGUCCUUCAUCCUCGGUCGCUAUCCCCCACCCUGCAAUCGUGUCCGACUUAGCCCUUGAUGCUAUCCUGAAGCCCUGAAACCGCUCAGCGUGCGAACCUACUCGGUGUCUAAUCCGCUCAAAAAGUUUCUGUUGUUUUCCUUUCGUCUGUUACCUACAACGAGGCCCCCCAAAACGCAAAGCUAUCCUUUAAAUGAAUCAUGAUUUGGAUCUGUUAGCGAUUAUGUUGGGUCGGAUAUCUUGCCUCAUACCACCCCUUCCCUUCCCCCAUUUAACAGCAUAUCCACACUUGCUCUAACUCUCCUUUUCUUUCUUUUUUCUCUCUUUCCUCAGCACCUGCUUUUACUUCCAUCUGACCUUUCCACUUCAAUGAAAUUCAAUUUCAGUUUAUGUCUGCUGUUGAGAAAUCUCCCCCCUUCCAACCCUACCUGAUAAUGUUUGAUAUGACAAUCUGCCCUGUUCUUAACUGAAAAUCAAUCCACAUCGAAUAAACAGACGUGUAAUAUCGGAUUGAGGGUUAUUACUGUUAUUGUACGGUGUCUUUGCCCGUAUCAGUCAUUUGCGGAAGUGAAAUCCUGGCUGCUUGAAAAGCUAUGCGUAGUUAUAGCUAUACUCUUUCCGCCUUGCCAUGGAGGUCAUCAAACCAACGUGGCCGUGGCGGGGGCUAGAUAUACCCAGAUUUUUAAUGAUGACCAACUACUUCAUGGUUUGCUGUCUACCGAAGUUCCAUCUAAAUUCUCCAUAACAUCGUUUAGUUCUAACUACAUACUUAGCAGUUAAACCAAGUAUACAUUUUAACACUUGUCCCCUACCAUUUACUUCUCUCUAUCUUGGGGAGGAUCAUCUACCGUACAAUAUACAAGCUACAGAGCUACGCAGAGAAAGAAAAACCAUAGGAGGGAGUUUCUCAAUGCAAAUCUGUUAAACUUUGAUUUGUAAGCCCUGCCAUUCGACUCAACAAAAUUGUUGAGGCCGAGGGAAACACUCCGAGGGUUCUUGUGUUAACUUCGGUUUAAAACCUCGACCAGGGCCACCUAUCUAAACCAAGUCCUGCCAUUUGGCUUGACGACUGAGGGAAACGCUCUGAUGGUUCUUGUGUAACAUCAGUUCAAAACCUCAGCCAGGACUGGUUAACUAGAUACAGGAAUGAAAGAAUUUGAAUGAAGUCAAAGGACCAAUCUAAAUGAAGUCCCGCCAUUUGGCUUGACGACCGAGGGAAACAAUCUGAUGGUUCUUGUGUAGCAUCAGUUAAAAACUUCGGCCAGGACAGAGAAUGAUGAGAAUGUGAUGAAAGCAUUUGAAAGCUUGAAGAAUUUAAAAGGAUGUCAAAAAUCAAAAGAGUCCAAAAGAGUCAGAAGAGAAGAGUCAAAAGUGUCAAAAGUGUCAAGAAAGUCAAGCAAGUCAAAAGGGUCAAAAGAGUCAAAAGAGGCAAAAGAGUCAAGAAAGUCAAGAGUGUCAAGAAUGUCAAAAUAGUCAAAAUAAUCAGAGAAAUCAAGAAAAAUCAAAAUAUUCAAGACCAAAGCCCAUGGAUU